ACCUGUAAGUUCUCAGAUCAAUGGGUGAAAGGACUUUAGGUGGAAUUGUAUCAGUGAAAGCCGCCAUUAAUAAGUACGGACAAAAAGCUACAAGAAGUGUCAUUAAGUCUUCUUCGGUUGUGGAGGAUUUGCAUAAGUCAGGGAAGGAGCUUGGAAUCUACAGGGAGAGCAGAAGAGUAGCUGAGUCUGCAAAGGCGAAAGCAGAAGUGGAAUUGUGUAAGGCGAAGAAGAUAGUAAAGGAGCUUACUUUACGGAUAGAGGAGUCGAAUCGAAGGUUAAAGUCUCGAAAAAUCGAUAUUGAAGCUGUGAUGAAUGAGUCAAGGGUAGAUAGGAAUGGUGGGUAUGCUAGGAUUAUGAGAGAGUUGGAGGAUUUGAAGCAAGAAUUGAGUAAGCUGAAGCUUGAUAUAGUGUAUGUUUCGAGAGAGAAAGUUGUGGCGGAGAAAGAAGUAAUGGAGUUGGGGUCUAGAAUGGAGGAGAAUUUGAAGUUGUUGGAGAGUCUAAAGUUAGAGGUUGAUGUAGCGAAUGAAGAACAUGUUUUGGUUGAAUUGGCGAAGAUCGAGGCUUUGAAGGAAUGUAAAGAGGUUGAAGAGCAGAGGGAGAGGGAAAGGAAGGAAGUGUUUGAGUCAUUGCAUAAACGAAAGAAAAGAAUAAAGGAAGUGAAGAGAGAGAUUGAGAGAUCAAACAGCUUUGAGAAUGAGUUAUCUGAGACUUUAUCGGAUAUUGAGAUGUUGGAAACUCAGUUAAAGCUUGUCAAGGAAAUGGAGAGGAAGGUUCAGAGAAAUGAUAGUAUGUCGAGAUUGAAAAACCGAGCUUUUGAAAGAGGAAAAGAUAAUUUGUCGGUGUUGAAAGAAGUUAUGGAAGCUACUGAAGCGAAGAAGGCGGAACUCGCUUCUAUUAAAGCAGAGCUCUUUUGUUUAGUUAAUACAAUGGAUACCUUGAGGAAAGAACUUGACCAAGCAAAAAAAGAAGCAGCUUGGUUAGAUAAGAUGAUACAAAAGGAUGAUGUAAUGAUUGAGAGACUCAAUACGAAGCUGAUUAUUGCGAAAGAUCAAUUAGCAGCAGUAUCUGCAGCUGAAGAAAGAAUCAGCUAUCUUGCUGACAAUUUGACUACUUCGUUUGAGAAACUAAAGAACGAUAGAGAAGCUGCGAAGAAAGAGGAGCUUAAACUUAAAGAAGAAGCAAGGAUCAUCGAUAAAGAAAUACAGAAUAUCGAAAUAGGUUUUGAUGGAAAGGAAAAAGAGUUGCUUUCCAAGUUAGAUGAGCUUGAGAAAGCAAAGCACGAAGAGGCUUUAGCUCUCAAGAAGCUUGAAUCAAUGGUAGAGAAAACAAUGGAAACUCGGGAAAUGGAAUCUCAGCGUAAUUCAACCAUCACAAUAUCAAGAUUCGAGUACGAGUAUUUGAGUGGGAAAGCUUGUCACGCGGAAGAAACCGCAGAGAAGAAAGUGGAAGCAGCAAUGGCAUGGGUCGAAGCACUCAAGGCUAGCACUAAGGCAAUUAUGAUAAAGACAGAAUCUUUAAAGAGAGUGAGUGGGAAAACAAUGUUGGAAGAAGAAAGGGAAUCGUUUAGGAUGCAGAGGUCGCUAUCGAUAAAGAGAUUGAUCCAGGAUGAGAUUGAGAAGUUCAAGGAAAACUCAGAAGACAAAGACUUGAACAAUUCUCCAAAACCGGUGAGAAAAUCGGUUAGGCUGAGCGGGAAAUUCACACCGGUUCAGGGAGGGAAGUCGAGAAGAUACUCAUCUGCAGGGAACAGAGCGACUCCAACUUUCUUUGUAAUCAAGAAGAAGAAGAAAGUUCCAAACAUGGUCAAAUUUUUUAGCCGGAAAAGGCGUAAUUCCUCUUUAGAACAAUGAGAAGUUUAGUUAUCUUGUUGAAGUGAAGUGACUGAAAGUUUUUUUGCUUGCAUAUGUUUCAAAUUGUUUGUAGCUUGUAAGUGAUUUAUUUGUUUUGCAUUUUGUUGUAUUUAUGUAUACUUUAGGUGUAUAUUAAUGAAAAUAAAGUAUUGCAUUUUAU